UUAGUAAGUUCUUGAUUCAAACAUCAGUCAACGUUAAUACAUGAGCAGAAUAUAAAGCAGACUUCAAUUCCACCCGGUCUGUACCUUCACCUCUCCUCCUGUCCGGUCGCCGAAAACCUUGCCUUGGAGUUGUUGCCCCAACUUUAUCAUCACCAGUAGCAGUCAUGUCCCAACUGGAGACAGCGAUGGCCAUCCUCCUGAAGACCUUUGACAAGUACUCUGGAGCCGAAGGCAACAAGGGCACGCUGAGCAAGGCUGAGCUCAAAACCAUGAUAGAAAAGGAACUGCCUUCUCUCCUGAAGGCUUCUAAGAACCCUGGGGACUGUGACAAGCUGAUGAAGGCUUUGGACCAUAAUGGAGACUCUGAGGUGGACUUCAAUGAGUUCGUAGUCCUGGUCGCUGCUCUCACCUGCGCCUGCCACGACCGCUGCCCCAAGAAAUGAGCUCCUCAUGCAGAAUUGUGUGGUCGAGUCACGCCCUGCUGCAAGUAGCAGGUGCCUGUCCGUCGGACCAGAGUUCCCCCAAUCUCCCUGUUUCUGUUUAUAAUCAGUUAAUAUCAUUUUCUUACUAAAUGCAUCUUUAUCCAUUUGUGUGGUUGUCUUGUCUUCCAAUUGUGGCUGUAAAUGUAAAUAAAUCUCGUGCCUGUGAGGUGGGAGCAUUUUAAACAGUGA